GGCGCGGCGGCGGCUCUGCCUGCGGCGGCCCGGCCAGUCUGGAGCGGCCGCGGUGAGGACGCCAGCUGUAGCGGGGGAGGCGCAGCCAGGGUGCGCGCUCGGCGGAGCCGGCGGGGCCGGGAACAGGUGAUCCCAGCGGGAGCCCCGAGCCCUGCCUAGUUGGCGGGGAGGGAGCCUGUGCUCCGGGGCGCAGCUGCAGCCGCCCAGCCGCGGUUCGUCGCGGACGGCUCCCGGCGCUGGACCCCGGCUCGAGCAUCUCUUCGCUCCCGGGGCCUCGCCAAGCCUCCGGCCCCCGCAGGCUCGGAAACGCCUGCUCCCGCCCCCUGCCUCUCCCCGAACCUCGGCUGAGCAAAGUUGUGGACGUGUCCCGGUCGCCCGCUAGGGCACUGUCGAGACCCUGCGGGUGGAGUUCGAUCGGAGCAGGGCUUUCUCGCCGCACCGCCACCGCCUCGCCUCUGGAGCCGGCACUCUACAAACUGCUUCCGAGGCUGAAACUUUGGGCUCCGGCGAGCGCAGGAGGGAGGCCCGAGGACCGAGGGCGGCCCGGCGCGGGGACGGCAUGUGACGGCUGUUGCGGGGAGGCAGGCGAGGCUGCGACGCGAGGCCGGGCACUGCGGGCCCGGGCCCCGAGCCGCGCCGCCCCGCUUGCCUGGGCCCCGCUCACCCCCGCGCGGGAGCGCUCGCUGCAAACUCCCUGAACUUCGGGAACGGUCUCUGAAGCGCCGAAACUCGGGGUUGGCGGUCCUGCCCUGUGACCCCUGCUCCAGGCCGCGCCCCUGCACGCCUGUCGUCUUCUCUCGCCCCCAGAGAACACGUGCGUGGACUCCGAGGACCUCGAGGCCCCGGACGGAGCUGACGGUCGCCAAACCCGCUCCGGGCCACGAUGCACAUGAGGAAAGGGCCAGGCUUCGUCCCGGCCUCCCCAUGGGGGCUGCGGCUGCCGCAGAAGUUCCUUUUCCUUCUCUUCCUCUCGGGCCUCAUUACCCUGUGCUUCGGGGCUCUCUUCCUGCUGCCUCACUCUUCUCGCCUCAAGCGCCUCUUCCUGGCGUCCCGGACCCAGCAGCCUGGCCUGGAGGUGAUCGCCGAAGUCGCCGGCCACUCCCCGGCCCACGAACAGGAACCACCGCCUAACCCGGCCCCCGCGGCGCCGGCCCCGGGCGAGUAUGACCCCAGCAGCCGGGUGGGCCCCCGCCGCAGGAAGGAGUGGCUGCGACGCACUCGCCCCACCGGACCUCGGGAGGAAGCCACGGUGGCCCGGGGCAGCGGCGCUGCGGCCCCGCGGCCAGGUGAGGAGAGCGUCCCAUUCAGCUUUGACUUCAACGCGUUCCGAAGUCGCCUCCGUCACCCAGUCCUGGGGACGAGGACUGAUGAAAGUAAGAAACCCCAGAGCCGAGUACGAGCCCAGCGGGAAAAAAUCAAGGAGAUGAUGCGCUUUGCCUGGCAGAGCUACCGGCGCUACGCGAUGGGGAGGAAUGAGCUCCGCCCGCUCACGAAGGAUGGCUAUGAGGGCAGCAUGUUCGGUGGCCUCAGUGGGGCGACGAUCAUUGAUUCCCUUGACACCCUCUAUCUUAUGGAGCUGAAAGAGGAGUUCCAGGAAGCCAAGGCCUGGGUGGAAGAGAGCUUCCAUCUGAAUGUGAGUGGAGAAGCGUCCUUAUUUGAGGUGAACAUCCGCUACAUUGGAGGGCUCCUCUCAGCCUACUACCUAACAGGAGAGGAGGUGUUCCGAAUAAAGGCCAUCAAGCUUGGAGAGAAGCUGCUGCCGGCCUUCAACACCCCCACGGGAAUCCCAAAGGGUGUUGUAAACUUCAAAAGUGGGAGCUGGGGCUGGGCCACGGCAGGCAGCAGCAGCAUCCUGGCAGAGUUCGGAUCCCUGCACUUGGAAUUCUUACACCUCACUGAGCUCUCUGGCAACCCCAUCUUCGCAGAAAAGGUCAGAAACAUCCGCAAAGUCCUCAGGAAGAUCGAUAAGCCCUUCGGCCUCUACCCCAACUUCCUCAGCCCUGUGAGCGGGAACUGGGUGCAGCACCAUGUCUCUGUUGGAGGACUUGGCGAUAGUUUUUAUGAAUAUUUGAUCAAAUCCUGGUUGAUGUCUGCCAAGACAGAUAUGGAGGCUAAAAAUAUGUACUACGAAGCCUUGGAGGCGAUAGAGACCUACUUGCUGAAUGUCUCUCCUGGGGGGCUGACCUACAUCGCCGAGUGGCGAGGGGGGAUUCUGGACCACAAGAUGGGGCACCUGGCCUGUUUCUCAGGGGGAAUGAUCUCCCUCGGCGCUGAGGAUGCCAAGGAAGAAAAGAGGGCCCACUACCAAGAGCUGGCAGCCCAGAUCACCAGGACGUGCCACGAGUCAUACGCCCGCUCAGACACCAAACUCGGGCCCGAGGCCUUCUGGUUCAAUUCUGGCAGAGAGGCGGUAGCCACCCAGCUCAGCGAGAGCUACUACAUCCUGCGGCCUGAGGUAGUCGAGAGCUACAUGUACCUGUGGAGGCAGACACACGACCCCACUUACAGAGAGUGGGGCUGGGACGUGGUAAUGGCCUUGGAGAAGUACUGCCGGACAGAUGCCGGCUUCUCCGGGAUCCAGGAUGUGUACAGCAGCAGCCCCAACCAUGACAACAAACAGCAGAGCUUCUUUCUAGCCGAGACACUGAAAUACCUCUAUCUUCUGUUCUCUGAAGAUGACACGCUCUCACUGGAAGACUGGGUGUUCAACACCGAGGCCCACCCACUGCCCGUGAACCACUCGGCCAGCCCCAGCCAGGCCUGGCCCCGACACUGACCCUGGCCCCUGCCACUUGGGUGCCUCAGGGAUGCCUUGCCUUUUCAGGAUUCGGGGCUGUUCCCAAAGGGAUUGGGAACGCAGGCCCCAUCCUGGGCAGACCCUGGACAGAUGUGUCAGACAAGCCACUUCUUUUCCUCUAUGAGGAGACAGGACUUGGAGAUGCAGCGAUGUCAUACAAGGGCCACAGUCUCGCCAGGCCCACGCAUUCCUUUCUACAGAGAAUUUCUAUGAAACCCACUCACUUGCCAUUCCAGGGCCAAAGGACCAGAGGUUUGCAUAUCGAUUCUAGGUGUUUGAUUUACUUCCUUUUGGUUUGGGGAUUUUUGGUUUUACUUGAUUUUGCCUUUUCUUCACAGUUGAGUUUUAUUACUAUUUUAAAUAUAGUUUUCAAAAAUCAUGUGUUUUCUAAAAUGGAGCCAUCCUAAUAAAGGAAACUUUAAAGUGUUUGUAUACACACAGCCCUGACCCUAUUAUCUAUAUUUUUAAUACUUUUUGCCCAAUAUUUCUUCUACAUUCAUUUACAUGGCAUUUACCAUAUAAUUUGAGGAGGGGCUCCCCUUUGAUUUGGGCCUCAGUGUUACAAAUCACUAGUGCUAUUUUCAUUAUUGUAAUGGAAAAGUAUGUGAAGUAGAAUAAAAGAGUUUAUUGAAUAAGAAA